CAAGCCCUCACUUAUCGCAAUCAAGCACAAGACUUGUUAUCAACCAUCGUUAGUUUAAGAGAAGGUGUCGCAAAUUGCUUUUGUUGGUGUUUCGUUUUGUGUGGUCACAGAGAAGUGCCCCUAAGAUUAUGGCGUCGGUCACCCCACGGAGGCUCCCGUCAAACAUCUAUCAUAUUCAAGCACACAGUCGUAAUGUAACAUGUCUGAACCUAGGCGAAACGGGACGAGUUCUGGUUACGGGCGGUCAUGAUUUUCACGUUAAGCUUUGGGCAUUCAGCAGCCAGGAAUGCUCCAUGACGCUAGCCGGACACAACUCGUCCAUCGAGUACGUCAAGUUUGCCUACUCGGACGACUUUGUCUACUCUGCGGACGAUACAGGCAUUAUCAAAUUGUGGAAUUUGAACGCUAACAGCGCAUCGACUUCGCUUUACGGACACAUGAAGAGCGUCCGGACACUCGACGUUAACCCGAUGGACGACAAUUUCGUCGUGUCCGGCAGCAACGACACCUCGAUUCGGUUGUGGGAUAUCCGGGAGAAAUCGUGCGUUACGCGGUACCGUGGCCACAUGUCAUACGUCAACUCGGUCAAGAUCUCGCCCGACGGUCUGUGGAUCGCAUCGGCCGGCGACGAAGGCAGUGUCAUGAUCUGGGACAUUCGGACGAAUAAACUGUGUACUGAGUUUACAGAGCGUAAAACACCCGCCACCUACGUCCAAUACCACCCGUCGGACCUGCUAAUGGCGGCAGGCCGCCAGGACGGUACGGUUGAUCUGUACGAUCUGGAGCAGUCCAAGCUGCUGACGCGGACGACGCGACCGCCACCAGCGACAGCGGCCAGCAAUGGGCAACCGGUACGAUGCGUCACGUUCGAUGAGAGCGGCAAGUGUCUGUUCGUCGGGACUGCCGCUGGUAUUAAUGUCAUCGGGUGGGAACCGGAUCAGGAGUUCGAUCAGAUCGCGCUGAAUGUAGGCAGUUCGGCAGCGCUCUGGCAGCUGGGCGAUAUGCACAUCGCGGGCCAGGAGCUUAUCUACAGCACGUACGAAGGUGGCGAAGUCGCGGUCUAUGUGGUCCCUUUAUCUGGACUACGGGCCUUCUGGGCGAAACCAAACGUUGACGCAGCAUUCGCUAUUAAUCAAACGUCGCGCAAAAGCUUUAGUCGGGGCAGCGGCAAGCAACGGCUUUCGAUCGGAGUCGACCGAUUGGGUACUACGCCUGGAUUAGGGGCUGGUGGUGGUACAGCGGUCUCCGCCAGCUUGGCCGACUACGACGAGUGUAGCGGCUCGAACGUUGCUGGUGGUGGCGGUGGAAUGUCACCCAAUCUGAGCAUCGAAAUGAUAGACGAGGAAGAUAUGAACGCGUGGACGGUUGCUACGAGCGGAACCCAUCGGGAGCGGCCGGCAAUGCGCCGACCAUCGCACAGUGCACAAACACCGUAUUAUGCACCAAAGGUGGCUGGUAGCGGUGGUAACAUGCAGUCAGGCGCAGCAAGCGCUACCAGUUCAGGAAAUGUCAGUACCGGAACGAACCGGGCAACCACUAGCAGUCGUGGCCGACAGAACGUAACAGCCUCGACCUCGGCAACCUCAUCCAACGGUGCCCGCAGUUCCGUGGCCGAGCAACGCCGACUAGCAAUGAGCAGCCGCUCGACCAGUAACCUGAUGCAUCGUAACUCAAAGAGCACGUUCGAGUUGAAUAAGCUUGGGUCCGGUGAAGAGCCGGUGACGUUCCGAAAACCCAUCAGUCGCGGCAGCUCCCCGAUCCGGAGCAAUCAUCAUCCACAAUUGCAGCACGGUGGUAGCAAGAUGCACCGCAGCGACAGCGCCCAGGUUAGUAACGGCAGACAAUAUGGCAUCGACAGGCAUCAGCGCUCGAACGGUGGGGCACCGUCGCACAACGGCAACAUCAAGGUAGAGAUCGUAACGAAACCGGUGGUGCGUUCGAAAACGUCGCUCGAUAUACGGCAUGGCCAUGGACGUAGCACCGUCACCAAUAGCAGCAGCAGCAACAGUUUCCACAGUGGGCCACGCCAACCAAGCGCCGUAAUGCAUUCGAGCAGCAUCCCGACGAACGGUGAUGGCCAGCUUCUUCGUGGCCUGAGCCAGAGCCAUCGACUGCACGAGAAUGGCAACGGGUUCGGCGACGGUAUUGGCAUCAGCAAUGGCAGUAUGUCAGCAACGGAGGAGCUGGAGUUACAAAUGCUAAGCCAGCAUCACCAUGUUAUGAUGCAGACGCUCCAAAACCGGAACGCAUUGCUGCUGGCGAUCCGCCGCUAUACUUCAGAGGGCAACAUAAUCGGUGCGCUGAAGGUGGCGGUACAGAUGAGCGAUCAUCAAUUACUAGUCGACUUACUCGGUGCAAUGCUGGAGAAAACUUCACAAUGGACACUAGAUAUGUGUGUGUUGCUGCUGCCCAAACUGUAUAGUAUGUUGCAGAGUGAAGUGAAAUUCCACUGCACCAGGGCGUGCGAUACGCUGCGCGAUAUGCUGGGUAGCUUCCUUCCGGUGAUUCGCGAAAAUACAGACCCGCUUGGCGCCUGCACGAUCGGCGUCGACGUGAGCCGCGAGGAGCGCCAGAAGAAGUGCCUGGAGUGCAAGAGAUGGCUACUCCAGAUCCGCAGCCUGCCGGAGAACUGUGUCGGCGUUUCCAUCUUCCAACAGCUGCAAACCAUGAUCACGGACAUCUGAGGUUGGCGAUGCACGACGGUUGCGACGGCUCCCUAGCUGCUCUCAACUGAAUUUGGGGGAGGGUCGCCGAUGUUUUUUGUGUGUUUUUCAUGGAUGUUUUUUUUUAAUUACUUGUAAUGUUUGUAAUUUUGAAUGUUUUUGUACUUUUUUUAAUAUUUGUAAUAUUUUUUUUAAACCAUUACGUGCGACAUACAUAUUAAAUAAGACUGAUAUUGUAGGCGGCGCUAGUUAUCGCAGUCGGCCAGCCUUCACCAGCGCCUAGCUGUAAGGAUAAGCAAACGGUGUAUCGAAAGUAGAGAAAAAACAAAAUCAAGUGAUCCGCAUACUAAUAGACUAAGAGAGCGAUGCGAUAAGCGGGAAGGCGGUGCGGUCGCCGCCCCGACUCUCGCCGGGCUGCGAGAGAGCGUCGCGUAGGUGAUUUUAAUCGAAGGACCCAUCACAAGUGCAUUAAUAGUUGAGUAGAAGUGAGGGAGCUAGUGAGAGUUAGAUAGCAAUAACGUAGUGAGAGGCUACUAACGAGCAAGUGAUACAGUGAUCACCACUAACCAAAAAAUCCUAGAUUUAAGCACAUAAAAAAACUCGCACGCACACCACCCUCCCUGCCUCACACUACAUUAUGUCUAACUGGUGCUAUGGUAGCACCAGCAUUAGCACCAACAGCAGGGCCGACAAGACGACAAUCGGAAAGGAGGUUGAAGGGGGCCCCGAAAUGGGCGGGGGGGCUCGUAGCGUUUGCGUUCCUCGUCGUGAUCAUUACUUCGCCUUAACUCAGCUAACAAAUUCCUCCCUUGCCCGCCGCUUCCCUUAGCGUAGCGUGCCGUCAGUCAAUCGUGCGCCAGGUAUAGGCUAGGCGUAAAGAAAAAAACACACAGACACAUACACACACAGGAACCCGUAACAAUAAACGUAACUAUUUAUUAAAAACCUUCAACCGCGCACCACCUAGCAGUUCGUGUCAUCUGCCUGCACUCUUCUUCUAAGCCGCGCUUAUUUGGUCGUUCCGUCGUCCUCCCCGGGAGCCCAACGCUGAGCACCCAGUGUAUGCCAGUACAAAUGGCUUGGUUUUGAUUAAUUUGUUUGUACAACUCAAAUUUAUAUUUGCCAUUUCAGCGCGAAGUGCGUAAGAACACGUAACCCGA